CGGAAGCGGAAGUGGAGGCGCAGCGGGAGAUUCGGGCGCUGCCGGCGGGCCCACAUCAUGGUGCAGAUCAUCAUCUCCAGCGAGGGUGCUGGAGGCCUGGCACAAUGGGUGCUGGUGGAGCUGCAGGGUGAGGUCGAGGCUCGGCAGAGCGGCAGGCUGGCAGGGAGCCUCUUGGGAGACCUGCACUACACCCACGAGGGAGUCCCUGUGCUCAUCGUGGGCCACCACAUCCUCUACGGGAAGGUAGUGCAGCUGGAGAAGCCCUUUGCUGUCUUGGUGAAGCAGGGAGCCACCGAGCCUGACGCCACAAGGGCGGAUGCCCACUAUUCUGUCACUGCUCUCAUCAAAACCAAGCUCCUCUUCAAAACACGCCCCAAGCCCAUCAUCACCAAUGUGCCCAAGAAAGUGUGAGGACUCAGGCUGGUGGCUGUGAGCUCCACUUUGCUGCCAGGUAGCCCCAGGCACUGCAGCAGGGGCUGAGGAGACCCAGGGCUAGCCCUGGCCUCAUUCCUACCCUGCCGGAUUGCUCCCAGGGGCAGGUUGGGCUGCUGGAUCCUAUGCACACCCAGAGCCCUUUCUGGGUCACUUGAGCCCCUGAUAAUGACUCUGUUUCUGAGAGCUGCCAGCCCAGGUGAGAUGGAUCCUGGUGGGCAGGAAGCUUCUCCUGCCCUUCAGGUAGAGAUAAAUUACUCUCUCCUCACCACACACUACCGUUUCACUGUGCAAGUCUUUAUUUUGACAAAUCCGUCAGGAUAUAAAACCAGACUUUUCCAAA